AUGAAUACUACCGUACAAGAGCCCUGGAGCCUUCAACCGACCUGGAAUGGUUUUGGUGGGGCUAUUCAAUCUCCAAGCAACGCCUCGGUUACCGAAUCGGACGCGUCAAGUGAGAGCGACUGUGAUCUGUUAAGCCUGUUCGAGCAGCCACUGUCUCCCAAGUGUGUCAGCAGAGAGCGCUCCGACAGAGGAGGGCGUCCGUUUCCGUACACCCGAUCCAAGACGCGAUGGCGCAAGCGUCCUAAUGACGAGAUCAAGUACCUAAGGGGUCAACUUGGUGAGCUGCAGAAACUGAAAAGUGAGUUGAGCAAUCGCGACACGAAGCCAUUCCAUGCCAACGAUCCUACGAAGGACAGCAACCGCCCCGAGUCCUUCCAAUAUGUCCGUGAAGAAAAGAGCGACAAAGAACUUGGCGCGGCGUUGGCAGAGAAUCGAAAACUGCGCUCGAUGGUGGCUGCUCGUCGUCAAGUGACGAAGACGCUUCAAGUUGCGAUCGACGAGCAACUGGAGCAAUACACUCACAGCCCAUUGUCUACUCUACUCAAUACGAUGCCUGCGAAGACCCCGUGGAGCGUUCCAAAGCCGCGUCGAAAGGCAGCUUCCGCCCCGCCCAGAGCGCCAAAGAAAGCCAAGAAGGCCAAGACGUCGAAGAAGAUGGUCCGCACGCAUUCGUUCACGUCGAAGCAAGUGUCAUCUUUCUAUUUCACGGCUGUACUCGACGAUGAUGAAGAGCCUACUGCAGUAUACAAGUGUCGCUGUGGUGUCCAGCGCCGAAUGGAGCCUAACACUGGCUACACAAACCUACUUGGCCACGUCUUCAUGUGGCACACAAACUUCGUUGCGGACAUGACAAGCGCCAGCUCAAAUACGGAAACGUUAGUUGGGUUUCGAUGGUGGGCUGUGCCAGCCAUCGUCUGA